UCACGGGAAGUGGGAAGUUAGUGAGUUUUUCACAGAGAACUUUGUGAAUAGAUGUCUUUAUCUUACCAACGUACUACUUAAAAAACUCUCAGUGACAGUAUGUCUAACGAAGAGAAAGCAAUCGAUCUUAUUACUCAGGCUGAGAAGAAAGUGAAAUCGUCACAGGGUUUUUUGGGUGGAUUAUUUGGGGGUACUUCAAAGCUCGAAGAAGCCACGGAGAUGUAUAUUAGUGCUGGCAACAUGUUUAAAAUGGCACAAAAAUGGAGUGCUGCUGGGAAAGCAUUUAUGGAGGCAGCCAAACUACAAAUCAAUUUACAGUCCAAACAUGAGGCAGGUCAGCGUUAUGUUGAUGCUGGGAACUGUUUUAAGAAAACAGAUGUAGAAGAGGCUGUGAGAGCUUUUGAAAUGGCUAUCAACAUUUAUACCGAUAUGGGUCGUUUUACAAUGGCUGCAAAACAUCACAUUACAGUAGCUGAGAUGUAUGAGAGCAAUGCUGUUGACUUGGAAAAGGCUAUAUUCCACUAUGAGCAAGCUGCACAGUAUUACAGAGGUGAAGAAUCAACCAGCUCAGCAAACAAGUGCUUACUAAAAGUUGCAACAUUUUCAGCCCAGAUGGAGGAAUAUGGAAAGGCUAUUGAGAUUUAUGAACAGGUUGCCGCUGAUGCCAUUGAAAGUUCACUGCUGAAAUAUAGUGCCAAAGAGUACUUCUUUAAGGCAGCUCUGUGUCAAAUGUGUAUUGAUGUUGUGGAGGCUCAGAGGGCAGUGGGAAAAUACUGCAAUAUGUACCCAGCAUUUGAGGACACAAGAGAAUGUAAACUGUUGAAGAAUCUCCUUGUUGCCCAAGAAGAGCAAAAUGCAGAGUCCUUCACUGAAGCUGUCAAGGAAUAUGAUAGUAUAUCAAGAAUAGAUCAGUGGCUGACUACAAUGCUUUUACGAAUCAAAAAAGGAAUGAAUGAGGAGCCAGAUCUCACUUAAAGUAGCAUUUCCUUAACUUAUUUAGAUUUCUUACACAAGGAAACUGUAACAAAUAAGGAUACAUAACAUCUGAAAAUCACAUGGAAGGGCACAAUAAUAAUUGUUGCCAAAAGAAAGCAAGAAUAACUUGAAAGAGCUCUAUUUUCUCUAUUCAAACUCUCCUCUCCUACAUCAUGAAUAUUAUUAUAAAAUAACAGCGACACAGUUUGUUGUGCUUCACAUAAAAUUAUUACAAAUACAGCCUGCAUAGUUGUAUACAAACCCAGUUUACCAGACUGUUUAGUAUUAAUGUGCCUUUGUGUGGAGGGUCUUUUUGUUUUGUAGUUGACAUAAAUUGUGUUCAAAAUGUA